AUGUCAUCCUCUGUUAAUAUUACUUCAUUGAAAUCCUGGAACAAGGAGUUUCAAACUGAUUUAUCCUACAGUCUAGCCUCUACUGUCCUUAAAAAUUACAAUGCAGAUGAUGCUUUAUUAGAUAAAUCUCGUCUAUUAUCCCAAGAUAACCGUGUAUUCAAUGUGACUUUACCUGGAGACAAUACAACCCCUGUAACUAAUCAAAAGGCUUCAGGUAGAUGUUGGUUGUUCGCUGCCACAAACCAAUUACGUCCAAAUGUUGUUAAGAAAUUAAAUCUUAAAGAUUUCGAAUUAUCCCAAGCUUAUUUAUUUUUCUAUGAUAAAUUAGAAAAGGCCAAUUAUUUCCUUGAACAAAUUGUUAGUACUAAAGAUGAGGAAGUUGAAUCUCGUUUGGUUCAAUAUUUAUUGACUUCACCAACUGAAGAUGGUGGUCAAUAUAGUAUGUUUUUAAACAUUGUUAAAAAAUACGGUCUAUUACCAAAGGAUCUUUACAAUGAUACAGCUUACUCUACCACUGCAUCUCGUAAAUUGAAUGCAUUGUUAACUACAAAGUUAAGAGAAUUUGCCCAACAAUUAAGGGACGCUAUGGAUUCUUCCUCUUCUGAAGAUACGCACAUCAUUGAUGAAAUGAGAUCAAAGAUGCAGAAGGAAAUAUUUAAGAUGAUGACCAUGUUUAUGGGAUUUCCUCCAGUGGCACCAAACGAAACCUUUAAAUGGGAAUAUCAGGAUAAGGAUAAAAAGGCUAAAGUACUGGAAACUACUCCCUUACAAUUUGCAGAAGAAUAUUGUGGUUUAAAAUUGUCUCAAAAUCAAUUACCUGUUUCUUUGAUUAAUGAUCCAAGACACGAAUAUGGUAGACUAAUUAAAAUUGAUAGAUUAGGUAAUGUCAUCGGCGGUGAUGAUGUCUUAUACUUGAAUGUUGAUAACGACACUUUAUCUAAAUUGGUGGUUAAUAGAUUGAAAUCUGGUAAAGCUGUCUUCUUUGGAUCUCAUACUCCUAAAUAUAUGGACAAGAAGACCGGUGUUAUGGAUGUUCAAUUAUGGAAUUACAAAGCUAUUGGUUAUGAUUUGAAACAAGAUAAACAAAACAGAAUCAAAUAUAACGAAAGUUUAAUGACUCACGCAAUGUUAAUCAAUGCUUGUCAUUUAGAUGAAUCAAUCAGUCAAGAUAUCCCUGUUCGUUACCGUGUUGAAAACUCCUGGGGUAAGGAUUCUGGGAAGGAUGGUUACUACGUAAUGACACAAGAGUACUUCGAAGAAUAUUGCUUCCAAAUUGUUGUUGACUUAGAGGACUUACCAGAGGAAUUAGCCAAAAACUUUGUUUCCCCUGCCAAGUCAGCAAUUGUCCUACCAUUGUGGGAUCCAAUGGGUGCAUUGGCAGAUUAA